AUGGCGCAAGCUAAUUUAGGGAACGAAGAUGAAAAGACUGCGGAUGGAUUGACCAAAGGCGCCCCAAGUGCCACUAGAUUCUUCUCGAUCCCAGGCCCGAUCAGGAGUCUAUUUGAUAAAGUCCCAAUUAUCUUGUAUCCUCCCAAUCGGCUCCCUUCAGGGCCUUCCAGGUAUUCUCAGACCCCACUUCUUUUCGUGUAUACUACCGCCCCGGAUGCGAUUGCGGGUCGACCAUCGUUCAAUCCGGGCUGUCUGAAAUGGCAAACGUUUUUGAAGAUGGCAGGGAUUCAACAUGAACUUAUACCGUCGAAUAAUCAUGCAUCACCAUCGGGUGCGCUUCCAUUCCUUCUCCCGGGUGUGCACAACGAUGUUAGUUCACCAGGGGGACGAGAGCCUGUGGUAGCUAAUAAAAUACUCAAAUACGCCAAAGAGCAUGGCUGUGUACAAGAAGAAUUUAAAAGUGUGCGCAAAGAAGCAUAUCUUUCUCUACUAGAUUACCGUGUUAGAGAUGCGUGGCUCUGCUUCCUCUAUCUUGAGCCGUCAAACUUUGAUCGGGUAGCAUAUCCGCGUUAUGUAUCGCCUGUAUCUUCUAAUCUACUAGUCCGGUCCUCUAUUUCACGUCAGCUGCAAGCUGCUGCCGAAUUAGAAUUACUGAAGCAUUCCUCAAUUAUAGACGUUAAUGACCUAUAUAGCGAGGCCGACAAGGCAUUUGAGGCCCUCUCCACCCUUCUAGGCGAUAACAUGUGGUUCUUUGGCAAAGACAAACCGACAUUAUUCGACGCGUCUGUUUUUGCAUAUUCACACCUGUUGCUUGACGAGAACAUGGACUGGGUAGAGGAAAAACUUUGUGGAGCCAUAAAGACUAGACAAAAUCUUGUACAACAUCGACUAAGAAUUUUAUCACAGUAUUACAGUGACAAAAAUUAA